AUGUCACUCAACCAAAAUGAGCCCAUUGCUAUAAUCGGCAUGGGAUGCCGUUUUCCAGGGGGUUCCAGCUCUCCGUCCAAGUUAUGGGACCUCCUGAAGGACCCGCGCGACGUGGCCCAAGAGAUCCCGCCUUCUCGCUUCAACAUUGAUCGGUUCUAUCACAAGGACGGAGCUCACCAUGGAACUACCAAUAUGAGGCAAGCAUACCUUUUGUCAGAGGACGUCCGCCAGUUCGACUCCAAGUUCUUCUCCCUCCCUCCUGGUGAAGCAGAAGUUAUCGACCCCCAACAACGACUCCUCUUGGAAGUCGUAUAUGAGGCGUUGGAAUAUUCUGGACACACUCUCGACGGCUUGGCUGGGUCUGACACUGGUGUUUACGUUGGCCUUAUGUCUCAGGACUACUUUGCACUUCAAGGGCAAGAUGUGAACGCAGUUCCCACAUACGCUGCAUCUGGUACAGCCGCCAGCAAUGCAUCUAGCCGUGUAUCAUACUUCUUCAAUUGGCAUGGGCCUUCUAUGACGAUUGAUACGGCCUGUUCUUCAAGCAUGGUUGGCGUGAACGAAGCUGUUCAGAGCCUUCGCAAUGGCACCAGUCGCGUUGCCGUGGCUUGUGGGACCAAUCUCCUGCUUUCCGCUUUCACCUUCAUUACGUUGAGCAAACUGAGCAUGUUAUCGCCUACAUCCAGAUGCCGUAUGUGGGACGCCGAUGCGGACGGCUAUGCAAGAGGCGAAGGUGUUGCGUGUGUGGUCAUGAAAUCCCUCAGCAAUGCCAUUCAGGAUGGCGAUAAUAUUACUUGUGUGAUCAAAGAGAUUGGCCUGAAUCAUGACGGGAGGACUAAAGGGCUGCAUAUGCCGAGUGCUUCGGCGCAGGCGGCACUUAUCAAGAGCACAUACGCCAGAGCUGGACUGGACCCUGCGAGGGAGAGUGAUCGCUGCCAGUAUUUUGAGGCGCACGGUACAGGCACCAAGGCUGGUGAUCCUCAGGAGGCGGAAGCUCUGAGUCGGGCAUUUUUUCCCGAAGACGAUUCCAGCCAAGGCAACCUCCUUGUUGGCUCCAUCAAGACUGUCGUUGGUCAUCUUGAGGGAUGUGCGGGACUGGCAGGUCUUAUCAAAACCUGCCUGGCUAUUCAGAACAAGACAAUACCGCCUAAUCUACUGUUCAAACGUUUGAAUCCCGACCUUGAACCAUUCACACACCAUCUCCGUGUUGCAACCGAAAGCCAGCCAUGGCCGGAGCUGCCUGAAGGCGCCCCGCUGAGGGCCAGUGUUAAUAGCUUCGGUUUUGGGGGGACUAAUGCUCACUGUAUCCUUGAGAGCUACAAACCCACCCAUCCAGUUCAGCCCACCGAGGUCGAUGCCGAGCUACCAACUACGUGUAGCAUCCCAGUCGUCCUCUCAGCAGCAUCUGAUGUAUCGCUAAUUGCGCAAAUCAAGGCGAUCCUCGAACUAUUAGAAAGCGACAGGGACGUUCAGAUAGCUGACUUAGCAUACAGCCUGAGCACCAGGAGAUCAGCUCUGCAGAAAAGACUCUCACUCUCUGCGACGUCGAUUGAUGAUCUUAAAGAUAAAAUGAGCAGCGUACUAAGAGAAGUAGCCGCGAAGGACUCCAGGCCCCUUUCAAUUCAGGCUCUCGCAGCGCCGCCAUGCUUGCUAGGUGUCUUCACCGGCCAAGGCGCUCAGUGGCAGACAAUGGGCUCGAAACUCGUUGAAACAAUACCGCUAGUCCGGAAGAUACUUGACGAAAUGGAUAAAUCUCUCGCCGAAUUACCAACCUAUCAUCGUCCAUCUUGGACUCUCGUGGACGCGCUGACUAGUGACGCCACAGAUGUCGGGAAGGCCGUUUUCUCACAGCCUUUGUGUACGGCGGUGCAAAUCGUUCUUGUUGAUCUCCUACGCGCUGCUGGUAUCAAGCUACGAUCUGUUGUCGGUCACUCUUCCGGUGAGAUUGGUGCGGCUUACGCCGCAGGCUUCCUUACCGCGAGAGAUGCCAUUCGCAUAGCCUACUACAGAGGUUACUAUGCAAAACUCUCCGCAGGCCCUGCCGGACAGAGAGGAGCCAUGAUGGCUGUCGGCACAUCCUUCGAAGAUGCGAAUGAAUUAUGUCAUUUAGAUGACUUUGCGGGACGACUAUGUGUAGCAGCCCAUAACUCACCGACCAGCGUUACCCUAUCAGGAGACGUCGACGCUGUAACUCAAGCCCAAGACAUCCUGGAGGAGGAACAGAAAUUCGUAAGAGUUUUGAAAGUCGACACGGCAUACCAUUCGGCCCACAUGCAGAGGUGCUCGCAAGCAUAUCUGAGAGCACUGGAUGAAUGUGGUAGCACGACUUCAAUACCACAAGCAGAUGCGCCACAGUGGUUUUCCAGCGUUCAUCCAGGCAAGCUUAUGACCGGAUCGGAAAACCUCGACGGGCAGUAUUGGAUUGAGAACAUGGUACAGCCUGUUCUGUUUCAGGCCGCCAUUCAGACUGCCGCUACCUCAAUCAAUCCAGCUAUUAAUUGUGUGAUUGAGGUUGGACCACACCCGGCUCUCAGCGGCCCGGCUAAUGAGUCCAUAACCGCUGCGAUCGGGCGGGAAGCUCCGUACACUGGAACUUUGAAGAGGGGCACAAGCGAUGUGGCAGCAUUUUCUGACACUCUCGGCGCCCUCUGGUCUUAUUUUGGCCGAGCGGCUGUAGAUCUUGGCGGGUUCCUCAACAUAUGCCAUCCGAGGAACAGAUCAAAGGUUACCUGUAACUUGCCAACCUACCCCUGGAACCACGACAAGUCAUUCUGGGCGGAAUCUAGGCUUAGCAAAGUAUUCAACACUAGCCCUGGCAAGUUUCAUGACCUUCUUGGUCUUCAGACGGCAGAUGGAACGGCAGAAGAAUGGAGAUGGCGAAAUGUGUUGAAGACGAACGAAUUGAAGUGGCUUGCGGGUCAUACCCUACAAGGCCAGGUCGUCUUCCCUGCAACGGCCUACAUCUGCCUUGCCAUGGAAGCAUCUGUGCAGCUAGCCCAGGAUAGGUUAGUAGAGUCGAUUGACAUCCUCGAUCUUGAGAUUCGAAAAGCCAUCGCACUCCACGAAGGAUCUGGCACCGAACUUCUCGUCUCCAUGACCAAGAUCAGUCCUCUUGAUGCCGAUACCGAAGUCAUCACGGCCGAGUUUGCUGCUUUCUCAACGAUCAGUAAAGACUCUGGCCAGCUUGCACUGAACUGCCGCGGCCAUGUGCGCGUGGCUCUCGGCGAUGACCCGUCAUCUCGAUUCCCACCGCGGCGUCCUCCGGUUGCGAACACCACUAAUGUCGACGUGGACCGGUUCUAUCAGCUCCUGAGAGACGAUCUUGGAUUUGGCUAUGGCGGUCCUUUCCGAGGCCUGACAAGGAUAUCUCGUAAAUCUGGCUUCUCUACGGGAUCUAUUCGCUGCGAACCUUUUGGUGAAGACGAAACACCCCUUCUCUUCCACCCCGGCAUGCUCGACAGCGCUUUACAGGGACUCAAUGCCGCUCAGAGUGCCCCUGGUGAUGGUCGUCUGUGGUCCAUUGUUGCACCAACCUUCUGUCGCCGCAUCACUGCGAUCCCAAGCCUAUGCGGUAAGAAUAUUCCGGAUGAGGUUGAGAUAGACUGCACAAUCACCGACCCGCGCGAUGUCUUUGUUACCGGAGAUGUCGAGGUCUACUCAAAAGACUUCAAAAACAAGCUUAUCGAAGUGGAAGGUGUUACAUUCUCCCCAUUCGCGGCUGCAACCCCGGCGGAUGACAGGCAUCUAUUCCAAGAGUCUUUCUUGACCGUGGACCAACCUGACGCACGGCUCAUAUUUGGAGAUAGGCGUGCGACACCCUGGGAAGCGCGCAAGGCACUUGAUGCCGAGCGCGCCGCUUUUUUCUAUCUAAAGACCCUGCAUCUCUCAGUGUCGUCCGAACAGCGCGAGACCCUGCCAGCGUAUCGGCAGGCCUUGAUCGCCAAUGCCGAACGCCUCUACCACAUUGUGAACCAGGGCAAGCACCCAUUCGCUCUCCAGUCAUGGGUGGAUGAUACCAGAGACGAAAUUUUUGCCUUGAUGGACAGUUACGGCAACCAUGAUGCUGAUUUCAAUUUGACCAAGGCGGUUGGAGAACAUCUCCUUUUGACGCCAUUACUCUGUGGAGAGACAAGCAUCCUUCAGUACAUGACCAAGGAUAACUACCUCGAGCGAUAUUAUACGGAUGCCAUUGGCUUUGAGCUUCUCAACGUUCUAAUCGCCGGAGUCUUGGAGCAGCUGACCACCAAGUCUCCUCGCAUGAAGGUCCUCGAAGUCGGCGCAGGUACAGGUGGCGCCACCAAAGCCGUUCUAGAGCGGAUUGGGCACGCUUUCGGGUCCUACGACUACACCGACAUCUCGAGCGCGUUCUUUGAACACGCCGCCCACCGCUUUCAGUCGCAUUCUCAUAAAAUGCUUUUCAAAACUCUGGAUAUCUCGAAUGACCCGCUACCACAAGGCUUCGAGCCACACAGCUACGACGUUGCUGUUGCUUCCAAUGUCUUGCAUGCGACUGAGUCUCUGAGGAACGCCCUGGAGCACACCCGCAAGCUUUUGAGGCCUGGUGGGUACCUCGUCAUGGUUGAGAUCAUCCGCAACGAUGUGAUGCGACAUGGUCUUGUCAUGGGUGGUCUUCCAGGGUGGUGGGUUGGUGAAAAUGACGGUCGCCAUCACGGCCCCAGUCUCACUCUAGAGCAGUGGGAUGACAUCCUCAAGCAGACUGGUUUUGGAGGAAUUGAGACAAACUCGCCAAUGCCAGACCCAGUGGGUGUGCCUGGGUCAAUCAUUGUUGCCAGGGCACAAACUGAACAAAUUACAAGGGUGAGCAAACCCCUCAACGCAGAGCCGGCUGCAGAGAUCACUUCGUUGUUGAUUCUUGGCGGGAGCACUCCUCCUGUUCAGUCUCUCAGGGACCAGCUCCGCGAACUCAUGAGACCUCGCUUUGCGGAAGUCGUCUGUUUGGACAGCCUAUGCACCUUGCCAACCCUGCCGAAAAGUUUCCAUCUUUGCAGCCUUAUUGAGUUGGACGAAAAUCUCUUUGAGGAUAUGGAGGAAUCUACCUUCACAAAUUUCAAGGAGCUGAUUCCUGCCGCGGGGAGCGUCCUCUGGAUGCUUCAGGGGAGUCGGUCAAGCAAUCCCCACGCUGGAACAACACUUGGUCUGUUCAGGACACUCUUCUACGAAGUUCCAGGAACACUGUUGCAGAUACUUGAUAUUGAUCAGCCUCUCGACAGGGUCGAGGUAAAGCUGGUUGCAGAGACCGCGUUACGGCUCCGCCUACAGGAAGAGAUAGCCAGGCACGGCGAGUCAGACAAAAUCCUGUGGGAGUUCGAGCCGGAACUAGUCCUCAAGAACAAUACGAUCCUCGUCCCGAGGGUCCGUCCUCAGGAGGCUCAGAACGAUCGUUAUAACUCAUCUAAGAGAUCAAUCACCCGCCAAGUGGAUGCGCUGAAGGCACCUCUCAUACUGGAUUGGAUCGACGAGGCUUACAUGAUCCGAGAGCAGCAUGAGAGCGCAAGCGUUGCCUCCGAUGACGCUGUCAGAAUACAGGUCUCGUUUUCGUUCUUGUCAUCAAUCAAGACACCCGCUGGUUAUGUUUUUAUUAGCCUUGGCAAAGAUGUGCAGACGGGCCGGAAGAUGCUCUGUUUCUCGAACCGCAAUGCGUCAAUUGUGAAAGUGCCAAGAGCCUGGACCGCCCCAGUCAGCGAUGAUGCGAUAGACGGCUACUUCAUGUCGUUCGUUUUGGCUGAUCUGACUGUGCAACAAAUAUUGCAGAUGUUGCCGCCUACAGGAACUGUGAUCGCUUACGAGCUGAACCAGACCGUGUCGUCACUGCUGUCCAAAACACUCAACGAGAUGGGCCGAAGGGUCGUCUUCUUCACUUCCAGUACGAAUGUGAGUGGACGGAACUGGGUAUACUUGCACCAUAACAGCGCGAAGAGAGUUAUAGAUUCAGUCAUACCUGUUGAUGCUACUCUGUACGUUGAUGCCAGUGGUCAUGACCCGAAGGCCAAGCUGGGCAGUGCCAUCGCUGCAUCUCUGUCUCGAGUGUGCGAGAAGGUGGACAUCUCCAACCUUAUGGCGCGAGAAGCUUCCGUGAUUCCAGAGAAGGCCCCCGAGUCCAUUACUAGGCUGCUUCAGAGGCUCUCGUCCUUCGCUUCUUCAUUGCUUGACAACGCCGCCAUUCCAGAGGGUGCACCAAUCAACAUUCUUACGCUCAAGCGGGUCUUGUCGCCCAUCGGGGUACCCAACUCGGACUCACUCAUCUACUGGCAGGAGGACGAGCACGUGCCCGUCUCUGUCGAACCCAUCCAUCACCGCCAGGAUCUGUUCAGGGCAGACCGUACCUACUGGCUCGCUGGGUUGACAGGUGACGUGGGACGAUCCCUGGCCGACUUCAUGAUUUCCCACAACGCUAGACAUGUUGUUCUGAGCAGUCGUACUCCGAAGCCCGAUUUUCAAUGGGCAGAAUGGCAUAAAUCGAGAGGCGCGACCGUCGCGUACUUCGCAGGAGAUGUUACCGACUUCAGCUCAGUGAAGCAGACAUAUGAUGAUAUUGUGAGGGCCAUGCCGCCAAUUGCUGGGGUCGCGAAUGGUGCCAUGGUACUACGUGACAGCUCUUUGAUGACCACAAGCUUCGAAGAUUUCCAAGCGGUUCUUCGCCCCAAGAUCCAGGGCACAAUUAACCUAGACCGCUUGUUCCAAGCCAACAAUUCGGAGCUCCUCGACUGGUUCAUCGGAUUCAGCUCAAUCGCGGCUACUGUUGGAAACCCUGGGCAGUCGGCCUACACGGCCGGCAACUGCUUCGUCAAAGCCUUGGUUGGUCGCCGGCGCAGCCAGGGCCUCGCGGGAUCUGCGAUCGAUAUCAGUCGACUCGUCGGUGUGGGAUACAUCGAACGCGAGAGCCAUGGCCGACUGACGCAAGAACAUCAGGAGCGUUUGACCACCCGAUCCGGCACCAUUGCUAUGAGCGAGAACGACCUCAUCCAGUUGUUCGCAGAGGCGGUCGUAUCUGGUCGCCCGGACUCGGGCCUGAGUCCCGAGCUCAUCACAGGACUCGCCCCCAUCACGACAGAGCAGUCCAAAGAUGCUUAUUGGAAGACCAACGCGAGACUUGGCUUGCUGAUCAGAGAGGUGGGCCAUGGCGCCGCGAUGGAUGGAGAUAGUGGAAAUACUAUUCCAGUCAGGCAGCUCCUAGAAGCUACCAACACUAUCCAGGAUGCGGUCAAAGUGCUGUUCGCUACAUUCAGAGCUAAAUUGCAGGCGUUGAAAUUCCUCCCGGACUCGGACAGUUUGUACGACGAGACACCUCUCGUGGACAUGGGCGUCGACAGCUUGGUGGCCGUCGAGAUGAGAUCUUGGUUCCUCAAAGAGCUUGGCGUCGAUGUGCCCGUCAUGAAGAUCUUAGGAGGUGCCUCCAUCGCUAGCUUGGUGGAUGACGUUUUGCACAAGCUUCCCGAGGAGCUCCUGAAGCGACUCGAUCCGGACUGGAAGUCCGAAUCAAAGGGUGACGAGACUGGGUCUACGAGGGUCUCAAAUGGGCACGCCGAUAUCACUACCAAUAUCGUCGCGAAUGGCCAUACUGAAAGCACACCUGCUACUAAUGGACACAAAGGUACUACAAACGGGACAGCCACUGACACCAUACAAGAUACAGUCAAUGAUAGCGCAGUUGUGAGCACCGAGCACAAUGUCGAUAACAGCAGAUCCAAGAACGGAGACACUGUAGACGUUGGAAAUGGAAUGGUAAAGGGAACUUCGAACGGCAUCAUCCGCGGAACUGCCAAUGAUCUAACAAAUGGAACUACCACGGCGUCGCUUGUGCAUAUUUACAUCGCUGCUGCCCUUGCGACAGCCAAAUGGGUAGUGGACCUUUCGAUCAUGGUCGCUCGUGGUCUAUUUGGCAUCAUGAAAAUGGGUGUUCAGCUCCCACUGAGACAUCUACGUCACGGCAUGUUGGUGGCGAACAUGUCCAAUGGAGGAGGGUCUGAAAGAUUUCCCAACACGACCUUCACUUCGUGGGCUCACAUGCGAUGUCACAAAUACUUUGAUCCUAUUUUUAACGAAGAUGCUAACGAAUUGAUUCUACAAUCCUUCAUGACUUCUGAGAACUUUUGGAAUCCGGGUACAUACCAUGCGCGCUCAGCCAGCUACUUUCGGCCGGGUUACACGAGGUGCUGCCUUGAGCGGAAUGCAUCACACGGCGACAUUCAAGAUACCCAAAUAUCCAAAUCUGCCACCCUGCAGCGGCUCGCAGAUGUGGCACAGCUCCAAGCGAUAAGACAACAACCCAACCCGAAGUCUGGCCGCGUCCACGUCAGACCAACGGAGACUAUUACCAUGACGACCUCAUCGUUUGUCGGCGACCACAAUCAACUCCUCAAGACACAGACGAAGGAUGGCCCCGGAUCCACUGAACCUCAAGCAGCGACGAGCAAGGAGCUCGUCCAAUUGCCUGAGCCCGCGGCCUUCGCAGUCCAGGGCUUCAAGCUCUAUGCCAUUCUUGUGGGCGUCUGUUUCGGAGCUUUCAUGAUGUCUCUCGACGUCUUCAUAUUAUCGACGGCAAUCCCGUCAAUCACUUCCGAAUUUCACGACACGUCUCAGUUGUCCUGGUAUCCAGCCGCCUAUACCUUGACGACAUGCGUCCUAACGCCGUUGACUGGCAAACUGACUGCCGAAUUCCCUCUGCGCUGGGUUUACAUAUGCUUCUUUUCCAUAUUCCUCGUUGGAAGCGCUGUAUGCGGCUGGGCCCCAAACAGCGAUUCGUUUAUUGCCGGCCGUGCUAUCGCUGGCGUCGGCGCCUCUGGCGUCGCGACUGGCGGCAUGACCGUUGUCCUCGUUGUUGCUUCCGCCAAGACGAAGCCAUUGUUUAUGGGCAUCUGCAGCAGCUGCUUUGCGUUGGGUGUGAUCCUUGCCCCCAUUUUGUCUGGCUUGUUCUCGGAAAAGGCAACAUGGCGAUGGUGCUUCUGGGUCAACCUACCUCCGGGUGCUAUCACGCUGGCCACUAUGCUCUUCUUCUUCAAGCCCCUUCCGUCUGAGGGGAUUAAGAAGAGCGUUAUUGAUAGAAUCUGGAGUUUGGACCUACUCGGGUGCGCCAUCUUUAUCCCUGGCACUUUUAUGUCGCUCCUGGCGUUGACGUGGGGUGGCACCAAAGAAAGCUGGGACUCGGCCACCAUCAUCGGCCUCUUCGUUGGCGGAGGCGUCACGCUCAUCAUAUUCGUUAUCUGGGAACGCUACAAAGGUGAAGGUGCCAUGAUCCCCGGCAUAUUACUCCAAAGGCGGACAAUAACAUUUAGCGUUCUGUUUUCCUUCUGUCAUAUGGGAUCCAUUGCCAUCACAGGCUACUACCUACCUGAGUGGUUCCAGGCUGUCCAGGGUAUAUUUGGCACCCUUUCUGCCGGUGCUCUGGCUCUCAAGGUGAAGUUCUACAAUCCCUGGCUCUUCUUGGGACCCAUAUUCAUGUGCACUGCGGCGGCUCUGUACUCUCAGUUCUCGACCUUUGGUACACCGGCAAGUCAUUAUAUUGGGUUUCAGGUAAUCCAAGGGCUUGGAGUUGGAAUGGCUCAGCAGAUGCCGUCCCUACUCGUUCAGCUGGCACUCAAUGAUCGCGAAGACCUCCUUCCUGUUGGCAUCAGUCUAAAUCUAUUCGCUCAGUACCUCGGAGCCACAUUUACUCAAGUUAUUGGGGGCGUCAUUUUUCACUCGGUCCUGAACCGAGAGCUCACCAACCAUGCUGAGCUAGAAGAUCUACAGAUAGCCCAGUUAUCUGCUGCUGGUACUGCAAAUAUUCGGCAGGUCGUAGAGCAAUAUUUCCCCGACUCCCUGCACCUGGUACUGGAAUCCUAUAACACAGCUAUCACUUCGGUAUUCUUCAUCCCUGUUUCUACAACGGCCAUCGCAUUCUGCCUCGCUUUCGGUGUCAAGUGGAUCAUGAUCCAGGCGCCUUCGAAAACCGGAUCUCUGCCUGCACAAGAACAGCAAGGGCGAGAGCAGGAAGUUGAGCUUGAACAACAACAGCCGCGCUGA